ACUGAGCGGGUCCAAACAGGGAGGAGAGUCGGGACGAUAUAAAUUCUGUCUGAGCUGUGAAACAAAGCAGAUUACAAUCCAACAUGUUUUCCGGCACCAUGCUGCUGUCUGCUGUGGUUCUGACCCUGCUGGCUGUGACCGUGGAGGCGUCGACUGGAGGCAGCACUUCCAACCACAACUACGACCUGUCGGGCUCGGACCUGAGGAGGCUCUACAACUCUCCGGUGUACAAGGCUGAGAGGAUGAAGAGGCCGCUGGAGGGAACUGGCUUUGUGGCAGGACCGAUCAGCCACUCUGGAGUCAGAGUGACGCUGGCCAACGGCUCUCGGUGGCUCAUCCACAAAGGAGGCGGAUACGGCGUCUCCUCUGACACGGUGGUGGUCAACGCUCGACACAUGAGUCGAGACUGGAGGGUUGUUAAAGAAGGAAACUUCCUGGGGAGGAAGACCGUCGCUGACUUUGUGGCGACCGGCGGCUCCGACUACAACUUCCUGUUUGAUAACUGUCACUGGGCGUCUAUUCGCAUGAUGGAGCAGUAAACAUGACGUCUGUGAAGUUUCUCUGCUGAUCACAUAAUAAAUGUGGAAACUCAAAGAA